GAGCAGUUUCCGGCACUCAGUCCGCGCUCAACUCCCGUCCAGGAUGGGCAACUCAAGACGCAUUCAUGGCCAGGCCAAGCUUACGGGACGACUGCUGUUGAUGGGACUGCUGGUGCUGCAGCUGGCCUCUCCCAUUCGGUCCAUUGAGUGGACCGUGCCGGAUGUCCUAGAAUCGAUUGGCACCGUGGGCACGAGCAUCAUUGAUCCCAGCCUGCUGCCCACGCCCCAGGGUCUGCUCGAUGGCAGCAAACAGCUGAUUGCCGGCUACCCCUUUGAGUUUGUCUCCAGCUCACUCAAUUUCAUCUGCUCCCAGGCUCUGUCGUCGCAUAAAAUCAAGUCCAAGUUUACGCCGGACAUCAAUAAGAUGCACUUCCAGCUGCAGACGACCUGCACCAAGGCAAACUUUCAUCUGACCGAUGCGCAAACCAUGUGGAAGAGUCCGCUGUUUGAUCCAAAGAAGAAGGUCGUCAUAUUGGCCACCGGCUGGACCACCACUGUGAAUGGCUCCGACACCAUAGAUGUCAUGUCCAAGGCCUAUAAUUGUCGCGGUGAUGUUAACUUUGUGGCUGUGGAUGCGGCACGCUUCGUGGACACCCUUUACACAUGGUCCGCCUUCAACACGGAGGAGAUUGGCGAGAACAUUGCCCAUGGCCUGGUGCAUUUGCUGGACAUUGUGCCAGUGGAUAAUAUUCAUCUUAUUGGCCACAGUCUGGGCGCACACAUUGUCGGCGCGGCGGGUCGCCAUCUGCAACGUUUGACGGGAAAAACGAUUCCGCAUAUCACCGGUCUGGAUCCGGCCAAGCCGUGCUUCAACGAGGGCGAAAUUCUAUCUGGUCUGCAGCGCGGCGAUGCCGACUUCAUCGAUGUGAUACACAGCAAUCCGGGCGUGCUGGGCAAGAAGGAUCCGGUGGGUGACGCGGACUUUUAUCCGGGCGGCAUAAAUCCGCUGCCCGAGGGCUGCUACUCGGUGGUGUGUGCCCACGGCCGCUCCUGGCAGUACUACGCAGAGUCCAUCCUACCCGGCAACGAGAACAACUUCAUGGCCACGCGCUGCAACUCACUGAAGCGGCUGCGAGAUCUCCGCUGUCCGGGCAACGAGGAGCCAAUGGGCUACGGCGUGCCGCACAACAUUCGUGGCAACUACUUCCUGGAGGUCAGCGGCACAUCCCCCUACGGCAAGCACUCCAGCGCAGUGCGUGCGGCCAGCCACGAGCACUGCGGCAGCUGCCCCAAUGCAACAGCGUCCGCGCCAGCUGCAACUUCCACGGCAACGCCCAAGAAGUCCUAAAACUAUUCUCUAACACAUAAUCAUAUAUACAUAAUAGUAGCUAGAGUAA